CUUCACUGUUGAGUUGCUUGGAGAAAACUAGAAGUGAGAACUGGGAGAAGCAAGGGUGUGGGGUGGCGAGGCCCUUUUCCCACAGAUGGAGAAAUAAAUGAAGAAAUAUGAGCAAGGGACCAGCUCUCUCUAACACUCUUUAAAUGUUCCUGAAACAAAUGAUGGCUUCCGUGUCAUAUGCUGAAGUGCUUGAAGAUGCAGCACACUUUUCAUGAAACGUUACGUGUUUGGUGUUUUUGUAAUGGCUACACAAACUAGUCAUGUCUUCCAUGCUCAAGAUAAUACAUCCCUGGAAAAUCGUUGCAUGAGGAGAAACACUGACAGAAAUCCCAAGAAGCAACUGAACCAGAAGGAUAUGAAUGGACUUGGUCAAAAUUCAGACAAUGGAUUACUGGUUACACAUGUUAACCAAACACAGGACCUACUGAGGCUGCUGACGAUUGAAACCCCAUCUUCAGCAUGGGAGGACUCUGAAGAUUGGCUUUCAACUCACAGUUUAAAGUUUGAGAAACUCACCUUGGCUGACCUGAUAAGUCAGGGCACAGUGGUACCGGAGGAGGGCACCAAUGUCGUACAGCAAAUGCAUUUCUCCACCCAGAUCAUCCACCACUUUGAAUCAAAGCUUUUGGAAGCUAUUGAACAAUAUCAACAGAGAAUUCAGUGGCUCACAGAAAACAGCAAGAAGGCAUUUGGCCUCAUCAAGGGGACCAGAGUUGGCAUCCUCAUUGAUGUAUCAGCAGUCAGCAGUGGCCCUCAGAAAGAGGAGUUCCAGAACGACUUCAUGAGCCUCAUUGAUGAGCAGCUGAGCCACAAGGAGAAGCUGUUUGUCCUGUCCUUUGGCAUCACAACCCAGUCCCUCUGGCCGGACCCAGUGGAAGUCAACACCUCCACACUCCAGGAACUCGAGUUCUGGGUAAAGUCAUUGCAAUCUGAUGGAGGCAGCAAUUUGUUGCAAGCCCUGAAGAAAAUCUUCAUUCUAAAGGAGCUGAAUUCCCUGGUGGCCAUAAUGGGACGCUGCCCAGAUCAGCCUUCUGAAAUGCUGUGUGACUACAUCCAGCAGGCUAGCUUGGGAAGGGAACUCAUCACCCACAUCAUCACCUACAAAUGCAGUGAUCAGUUACCCCCUGCUGUCCUGAAGAACCUUGCAGAUGCCAUCGGGGGCUACUAUCACUGCUACAGCCCAGGGGCACAGCUCUUUGGCAGCCAGGACGUGGAUGAGCUCCUGGCAGAAAUCCAGAAGGCCCAGAGCCUCCUCGGCCAUAUCCAAGCCCUGUAUCACAGCUCCAGCAACCCCUACGAGGAGCUGACCUGCAUGAUGAAAGAGAUUUCUGCAGAGAUUGCAAAAGGGGCACUUAUGGGUCUCUUGCCUAAACCCCCAAAGCAUGAAGCUCCUCUCACAAUUGAAUUUCCAAACUUGGACAAGACUUCUGCAGAAUGGCUGAAGGUCAAUGGUCUGAAAGCCAAGAAAUUAAGCCUUUACCAGGUUCUGGCCCCUAAUGCAUUCUCUCCUGUGGAGGAAUUUGUGCCUAUUCUCCAGAAAACCGUCUCAUCAACUAUCCACGAGAAGGCAAUGGUACAAUUUGAAUGGCAUGACGGGACAGUGAAGAAUAUUCACGUGGACCCGCCCUUCCUCUAUGAGUACCAGAAACAGCUCAGCAGAGCUAUGAGGAUGUACGAGUGGCGGAUCGAGUGGCUCUCUCUGGCCAGCCGAAGAAUCUGGGGCACUGUCUGUGAAAAAAGGGUGGUUAUACUGCUCGAUAUCUCUGUGACCAAUUCCAUGUACAUUAUUCAUAUCCAGCACUCCCUGCGGCUGCUGCUGGAGGAGCAACUGUCCAACAAGGACUGCUUCAACCUCAUCGCGUUCGGAAGCACAGUCAAAAGCUGGAGGCCUGAGAUGGUUCCUGUAAGCCACGACAAUUUACAGAGUGCCUGGCGGUGGGCCCUGAGCCUACAGUGUUGGGGCAGCAGGAACAUCCUGGGAGCCCUGCGGAAGGCUGUGGAAGUGGACUUCAAGGACAAAGACAAGCACCAAUCGCAGGGCAUCUACCUCUUCACAGGGGGCAUCCCUGACCAGGACAUGCCCACACUCAGCUCCUACGUGGCCGAGGUCUGUGGGGGCUGCGACCUCCGGCUGAAUGUAUGUCUCUUCUACGUGGGUGAGCCACCGAUGGACACCAUGCCCCCAGCCUGCUAUGCCAGCCGCACUGACACAGCUGCUGCCUACAGGGAGGUCACCCGGGCUGCUGGUGGUCGCUUCCACUGGUUUGGAGAAACAGGCAUUUAUGAGAGUGAUGACAUCAAUGCCAUCAUGUCUGAGAUGGAGAAGGCUUUCAACUACUCCCAAAAGUGUGCCUUACUAGUGGCCUCCCUGAAGAACCAAUCAGGAAGAAAACAGGGAAGUGCAGCCCUCCAGAAAGAAAAGCCAAGGAUGCUCCUGCAGAGAAGCCAGCCCAAGAAACUCUGUUCUACCAAGCCCGCGACCCCCUCGGUGGCCAGAAUGAACAUUAAAGAUGACUCCAACAGAGAGAAGAGUCCCCCCUCAAAGGCUCUGAAAUGGCAUCUACUUGGUGGCAAAGCGGGCACUUCACCAGCUGCAGCCCAGCCAGUGAAAGACGUAACAGAAGAGAGAAAGAAGACCAAGUUCCGGGAAGCAGAGACAGCUCUAUCGCUGUUCUACACAGACACAGGGAACAAAGUGGGAUCAGUGUACAAGAAGUACCCUCAAGGAGGGGCCUUGAGAAGGACUAGUUCUUCCAUUGAGUUGCCCAGAAAGGAUACAGCCUGCUCAAGCCAAGAGUGGGUAGCAAAUUAUGGGCUAAGGAAACUGAAGCUAGAAAUCUCCAGGUGCCUCGGCCCCAUCUGUGCUCAUCAAAAGUCAGCAUCUCCCAAGUACUGCAGUGUCUUCCCCAGCAUAGAAAUCAAUGGGGUGGUGAGACACAUUCAGUGGACGCCCAGGGACAUGGAGGUGUACAUCACAUGCAUGGAGAAGGUGAUGAGGUGCUAUGUGCAGAGGCUGCAGUGGCUGCUGUCUGGGAGCCGCCAGCUGUUUGGCGCCAUCCUGGAGAGCAAAGUGUGCAUCCUACUGGACAUGUCAGGGUCCAUGGGCCCCUAUCUGCAGCAGGUGAAGAUAGGACUGAUUCUGCUCAUCUGGGAACAGCUGCGGAAGCAGUGCGACAGAUUUAACCUGCUCAGCUUUGCAGAGGGCCUUCAGCCUUGGCGGGACACUCUCGUGGAGACCACAGAUGCAGCGUGUCAUGAGGCUAUGCAAUGGGUGACCCACCUGAAUGCUCAGGGGAGCACCUCAAUCUUGCAAGCAUUGUUGAAAGCUUUUAGCUUUCAUGACCUGGAAGGAAUAUACCUCCUGACUGAUGGGAAGCCAGACACAAGCUGCAGCCUUGUUCUAAGUGAAGUCCAAAGACUCAGGGAAAAGAGAGAUGUGAAAGUGCACACCAUUUCCUUGAACUGCUCAGACAGAGCUGAGGUUGAGUUCCUAAAGAAGCUAGCUUACCUCACCGGGGGCCGCUAUCACUGCCCUGUAGGUGAGGACAUGCUUGUCACCAUUCGCGGCCUGCUGACCAAAGGCUUCAUCGAGGAAAAGGAUCCCACAUUGCCACCAUUUGAAGGAGAUGAUUUAAAGACACUGGCUAGGGAGAUCACCAAGGCCCGAAGCUUCCUCUGGCAGGCCCAAUUCUUCAGAUCCCAGAUCCAGAAGAAAAACAAUGUGAAACCAAAGGUUGCUGUUACUUAGAGAAGUAUUCUCAGGGUGGGAUGUCACAGAAAGCAGUGGCCCACAGGUAGUCCACAGAAAACGUGGUUCCAGGCACCAGGAUUUCCUGGAAGUGGAGAAAGGAAAGUCUCAGUUCUUCGGGUGCGGGGUCAUCCCUGCAUCUCUCCUAACUCUGCUGCCCUGUGCCCCAACACACCUAUACUCCAGCCACAAGAUGUCACUCUCUGGGAAGCCCUACACCAAGCCUCCUUUCUGGAACAUGCUUCCUACUACCCUCUGUUUGGUGACUCCUGCUUGUCCACCAAGGCACAGCUCAAAUGAUAUCACUUUUUUACUGUGAAGAUGUCUCUGGGAUUCAUCUAGAGAGAGGGACCUUCAGGCGGAGCUGGGUGCCUCUAGCCUUCCUCUUGUGGCAUCAUGACCAGCCGUACCCCUUUACUGCACUUAAUGCUCACAUUGUGACUCUUUGCUAACUUAUCCAACUCUUCUCCUUGACUGUGAGCUCUCUCAGGAUGAGACUGGUGUCCUAAUCAUCUGUAGGUCCACGGAACCUGCCACCGGGCAGGCACAUAAUACACAGUGAGCAUCCAGCUGAGCUGUGGGAGCUCAGCUCUGGAAAACAGUCAAAUGAGGUUGGUUCUACCCCAGCCCUCGGUGUGCUUCCACCACCCUGGCCCACGGGGACCAAGGCAGACUCACCAUCAGCCCAUCCUCUCCAUGCCACCCCCCACACCUGCUCAACCAAAGUGAACUGAAGGCUGUUCUGGAACCCAGUCCAGAGCAAAUGUUCUGCUUAAGUGUGUGAAAAUCAGGCUGGGUCUUCUGGGCCCAGCCCCUCUGUAUACAUAUGAAAUGAAUGUGUCACAUAUUGUGUCAUUUUCUAAAAUUAAAAAAUUGCUUUAUUUCAU